GAAGUUCUGGGCUACGUUUUCGCUCCUAGUGUCAGCUGUUCUAUGUCUAUUUAUAGCCCAUUUAAACUACUCUGGUCGUAGUGAUUUCUUCACGGAUUACUUUAAGCUGGAGUACGGCAAUGUACCAAAACGAAAUAAAAAUUACGGUAUUAUAAAAAAUAGUCCAACUGUUAAAACUCAGCAAAAUAACACGAUGAUAUUACCUUGUGUGACCGCAGGAAACGGAAAUAAAUUUCAACCUAUUCCGACAAUCGAUUUUAAUUUCGAGAUUAAAACCUCAAACUUCGACAGAUCACCAGCAAUCGUCAAGAAAAGAGUUCGUAAAAUUAUCAACUCACCAGUCACCCCCGAAGUUGAUAGAUGUGUGGGGAAUGAGACAGAGAAAUAUCUAGUAUUUUUGUGUACGGGUUACGGCCAGUGUGGUGGUUGGGGAGACAGACAGGAAGGUCUAGUCUUUGCUUAUGUUCUUUCUCGUCUGCUAAACCGCUGCUUUAAAAUAUUCAUGCCGCAACCGUGCAAGCUGUCAAAGUUUUACCAGCCGAAUAAAGUUCAAUGGGAUCCGAAAAAUGAACAUUAUGACCAACCCACAAAAAACAAUACGUUGGACGCUUCCAACUUUAGAUUGAAAGACCUGAAUGAUCUUUAUCCACAGACGUUUGUAUACUUUCGUGGAUACGAGGAUUUAUACGAACGUUUUGUAACCAACCCGCAUUACAUCAAGCAGAUCGAAGAGUGGAAUGGAAUUCGCGAUAUUCAGGAUCGAUUCUUCUGGAGUUGGAAUCAGUUAAUGAAACCGUCUGCGUCGUUUUUAUCAAAGGUAGAGAAUAUUGUCGGUGGGAAUUUUUUAAAGCGAAAAGGUGUGGAUGUUUUGACACAAAGUCCUCCUAAAGCGCCAUUGUGCGAUGUUAGCAAUUCGACUCUGAUUUGUGCGCAUGUUAGGAUUGGUAAAAAUCCGAACGUUCCAAAAGACGACGUCUUCAGCUCUGUCAAGUUGGCGGAUAUUCCCGUUUUAUUUGAAUUCAUGUCGUCUAAAGACACAACAGGAAACGCCAUGUUUUUUGUAGCAACGGACUACGUCAAUUUACGAAUCCAGGCGUACAACUAUUUCCGGGGGAGAGUGCUGGACUUUGGCGCGAAAAUUGUGCACACGGACAGACCUGCACAUGACGACGAUCAGUGCGGAGGUUUUGAGGACGCUUUGGUAGAUCAGUUUCUGUUGAGUCUGUGUGACGUCCUGGUUCUCUGCAGAAGUGGGUUUAGCCGGAUGGCGUUUUACAUGAGAAACAGCAUAGAUCCUGUGUACAUCUUUGAGCAUGGCGUGGUUAUCCUUUACGAAGAGUGA